AUGCAGGUCGAUAUUAACUAUGCAACAGUGACACUCUCCGCCAGCAUGUCCGUACAGACCAUAAAGACAAGGAAAUUCCUCGAGGUCGUGCAGCCCGAGCGUGCAGUUAUUGUCGCUCGCGAAGAUCGAGAUGCUCGAUGGGAUGUAUCAAGCCAGGUUUGCGAACAGCAACAGGGUUGUAAUGCUGAUGCAUCCAGAUCUACCGACCUCUGGCCGAUGGCAACCUAUCAGGGGAUACUGCUACACCUCAUCUUCGCUCGUCUACAAGGCGGCCAGGCCCGACUAGACCCCCGAAUGAAACAUAGUCUUCCCGAAAUCCCCUCGCAGCUUCUGAUUGCACUGGUCUGCAGCUGCCUGCAGCGAAAUAUGUUCUUUUAUCUCUCUAUAUUCGCGCAAUUCGACUCUGCCUCAGUACCGGACGUUUUUAUCUGGGUCGGUAUCGAGGAAGUGAAACGUUUCGCCUUGGCUUUGUACAAAGUUUGUCAAUGGUCUCGUGCCGAUGACGCGGGACUUCUUUCCUUGGCCGACCUACAAUUUGCCAUGCCGGAUAGCGAUGAGCUAUGGCAUGCUAGCUCUGAUCUGGCCUCGCGAAUAUCUGCGUCUUAUGGCGAUAGAAACAAGGAGGAUAAUUAG